AUGACCAAUUGCAUUGUUUGCAUUCAAUACAAAGAAAUGGCCUCUACUUUGGCCUCCAGCUCCUCUAAAGUGCAGACCAUUAGCCACCAUCCAUCCAUCCAGGAUGAAAUACAAAAGCUGUCUAAAGCUGGGACUACAUCUUUAAAACACAAUGAAGCAGCCCAGGCUCUGAGCAUGUUCAAGAAAGCGUACAUUCUGGCUGAUGGGGUUCCUGAGACGCAAGGUCAGAAGAUGUGUCUCUUCAAUCUAGGGGCUGCCUAUAUUGCUAUGGGCAAACCAAAGAAAGGACUGAAGUGCCUGCUGAAGUGUAAAUCAAAGGGAUCUGUGGAGAAAGAUGGUGAUUUCUACUUUAACAUUGCAGCUGCUUAUGAUGAAAUGAAGGAGUACUCUAAAGCGGUGAAGUUUUACCAGAGAGCUAUUAGUGAAUACAUACCUAGUGAAACACAAAGCAUCUCAGAUGCUUUGAUCAAACUUGGCUAUUGUUCAGUGAAUGUAGGAGACCUUCCCUCAGCUGCACAUUCCUUUAAGCUUGCCAGCCACUCCUACCAAAAGGCAGAGAAAACUGAAGAUGCUGCCAUGGCCAUGAGGGAGGCAGCCAGCUAUAUGAUACGGAGUCAAAAGUUCUCAAAGGCAGAAGUGCUCAAGACUUUAGCUGAAUGUGCACAGCUGUGUUCUGGAAUCACUAACCAGGAUUUGUUAGGCAAACUCUACAACCACAUUGGAUUGCACUAUGCUGAAAUGAUGUGCUUCCACCAAGCUGGGAAAUACUUUAUCAAAGCCAUGCAAAUCUGCAGUGGGGCAAACUUUUCUAUACGGAAGAGAGCUGUAUUACUACAAAACCUGGGAGCGAUCUACAAUGCUUUAUGCCAGUAUGAAAAGUCAUUGAGAUUUCAUGGCGAGGCAGCACAUCUGUACGGUGCACUGAGAGAGAGAAACACCCAAGGACAAAGUCUCUGCAAUUUAGCAUAUGCUUACAGCCAGCUGAAAAACUAUGACAUGGCAGAGUAUUACUAUCAAGAGGCACUUAAUGCAUUUGUGGAUGUGGGUGAUUUAUAUGGCCAGCAACAAGUCUGCGAAGGAUUGGGUGCUACUAGUUUCUGCCUAGGUGAUGUAGAUCAGGCCAUCUCGUAUUACAAACAAGCUCUGACUCUGUUUGGAAAGUCAAAGGAAACAUCUGAUCUCUCCAGAGAAAGGGUUUUAGGGAAACUGAGGGAUGCUGUUAAGUAUCAAACCAGUCAUCAGUGUCCUGUUUCAUGCAGAGAUAGCUUUUCAAACACAACAGCAGCUCAAUCUUCUCCCAAAGUUGCCAGAGAUGACCAUGGUUCUGUGGUAUCUGAACAAGAAACAUAUCUAUAUGAUGAGCCACAGAACGAGUAUUCUGGUAAUGAAAAGAAACAGAGAGAUGGAUAUACUGAAAGGAGUGUCACUUCCAGAACAGAUUCAAUGUCAUCUCACCUUAUUCCACAGUAA